AGUAAAACCGAUUCUUUUCCAGUGACCUCCGUUAUGAGUUGGAGGGAAAGAGAAAACGAGGACAAUUUCCGUCCCCGAGGAAGAGGAUCUGUUCCACCUUGGAGACACAAAGAAAGAGAUGAUGGUAACAGAUAUUUUCCCAUGAGAUCCCGCAGUCAAGAAGGUUCAUGGAUAGAAACUGAUUCGUUUUGCAGAAGAGGCAGAGGUAACUGGAGAUAUAGAGGUGCAACAAGAGGAAGGGAUCAGAAUAAAAGGGAAGCAAGAAGUCAGGAUAACUUGUGUGAUGACAUUUUGCCAGAAAAAAGAAGGGCUCUAAGAAAAGGAAGGCAGUAUCCAAUAGGUCGCAAGCAACUUGAGCUGUUGUUAGACGAGCAACCAGAUCUUGUUGUAUUAGAACUCCUCCGAGAACAGUCAGGUUACCAGCUAUAUCUUCAACAAGAUGAAGUACGUAAUGAGAGCCUAAUAUUGUUGAUAAGGGUUCUUGCAAGGGCAUGCUUAGCGAAAUCCAAUAAGCAAAAUUUAAUUGAUUUGUUCUGUAUGACCUGUGAACAGAAAUUUAUGGACAGAUUGUGUGCCUUCUCAAUGACCAUUAAAAGGCAAUAUCCAAAUGAGGCAAGUACAUUUUUUCUAAAUCUGCACAUAUUUCUUGAAACCUAUGCCAGUGCUAUGACUACAAAUGCCAUUGAUAGAAUUACAGACUUGACUGAUGCCUGCAUAUCUGCAUUGGGUAUUUUGCAAGACCAAGGUUUUGUGGCAGCAGAAAUAAAGGAGAAGUAUGAAGAAUUGCAAAAAAUGUUAAGUGAAGCCCGAGAGAAGUGGACCCGUGAGAAAUCCCAAGCAUCGACACACAGGGGAAGGUAUGAGAUGGAUGGCAUGGAACCACCAGAUGACUUCAGAGAACUGCCUGUACUUCCAGUUCCCUAUGAUCUCUCAAAACAACAACGCCCUUUUCUACGCAGAAAUAUAGUUGAAGGGAAGUAUAAAGAUGGUCAACAUUACUUGGAUAUUCAGUUCCGUCUUCUGCGUGAAGAUUUUGUCAGACCAUUAAGAAAUGGAAUUAAUGAUUUCAAGGAUAAUACAAAGAAUAUUAGAGAUGUGAGAAUUUAUAGAAAUGUAUCCAUUGUUGAGUCUGACAUCAAAAGAAAGUGCAUAAUCCAUUACAUUCAACUGAACUUGGCCAAACACUUUAAGGUGGAAAAUUCAAAGAGACUUUUGUAUGGAAAUCUUUUAUGUUUUUCAAAGGACAAUUUCAAAAGUAUGGUUCUUGCAUCAGUUGCAGAAAGGGAUGUAGAUAUGGCUAAAAAAGGAAUUAUUGGAGUCAAGUUUGAGAGUGAUAUCCAAGAUUUUGAUUUGUCUGGAAAUUUUACAAUGGUUGAGUCACGAGCAUAUUUUAUGGCAUACAAGCAUGUUCUUCAAACCCUACAAGACAUGAGUGGUAAUACAGUUCCAAUGGAAGAAUACAUUGUCCAUGUUAAGCAAGAUGUGAAAAUCCCAACCUAUUUGGACAUGGCUGAUAAUUCAUAUGAUUUGCGUGUAGUAAGAGAUACAAGAAUGAUGAAAAAGAGUGAAAUUAAGAAUAAACUGAAAUGUUUUGAGUUGGAGGAAGAGAAGUAUUCAGAUAAUGAGGAAGACUCGAACGACAGCUUGGAAGAAUUGCACAAUGUUCCAAUGUGUCUUGGCUUAGAAGUUUGGCCUUCUCAUCUAGAAAUGGGCUUGGAUACAUCUCAGCACAGGGCAUUGCAUGGGGCACUAACUCGACAGUUUGCAAUUAUACAAGGACCUCCUGGCACUGGUAAGACUUUCAUAGGGUUGAAGAUCACUCAGACUCUUCUCCAUAAUAGUCAGUUCUGGAAAGAUGAAGAAAAUCCAACCCCAAUACUUGUUGUAUGUUAUACAAACCAUGCACUGGAUCAGUUUUUAGAGGGAAUAAUGACAUAUACUCAGAGUAUUGUAAGAGUUGGGUCAAGAAGUAAAAAUGAAGCAAUAGGUAAGUUUCAAAUAAACUACCUUGCACAGUCUGUACGUCAGUACCGGGGAAUACCAAAAGCUAUAAAUGACAGGAGUUCAGAAUUAUUUGGUAAUGUCGUAGAACUGGAAUAUAGCAUAAAAAAUCUAAGAGCCAUUGCAAAUACCUGUGUUGCUUUUGAAGGAAUUUUGAACCUCAAUAGCUUUCUGCAAGAAGAUGUUAUCCCAAAACAUUUACAAAAUCAAUUAAUGCAAGACAGCAAUCAGAUGACAAAGUGGUUGUUGCUCAACAUGCAAUCUGAGGACCUUAGAAAUACUUCAUUUAGAAAAAUGCCCCAGCCUGAUGUAGGAUAUGCAGCAGCAAAAGAGGUGGAUGGGUCUCCAGAGAAUGCCAUGCUAGAAAAUAACCCUGGACUUGAUAAAGAUGAAAAUGAUGACUAUUUCCAAGAUGCAGAAGAAUUGAUACAACUUGAAGAGGAAGAUAGAAGACUUGAUGAUCUAGAUGAUAUGCCUAUGACUGAUAAAACAAUGACAGUGGUUUAUGAAAUAACAUAUGAGAUGCUUGAUAGAAAUAUGAAAGAACUCGUCAACCGUGAAAGUGACCUAGAAGAAUAUUUCCGGCAUGCAAUAUAUAAAAGUCAGAAAGAAUGUCUUGCGAGAGGAUUAAAUUUACCUGAAAGUCAUGCAGAAAUGGAGAAGUUAGAGAACAUGGAUAUAAAUAUCUGGAGAUUGGAUUUUCUGACAAGAUGGAAGCUAUACAAAUUUUGGCUACUUAAACUGUAUCGUAAAGUCAUGAAGAAACUGACAUCCCUGGAAGCAAUAUUCCAGAGGAAAGCCAAAGCUCUUCAGGAGGUAAAAGACCAAGAAUUUCUGCAUAUAAUGCGCCAUCACUCUAUUGUGGGUAUGACCACUACAGGUGCAGCGCAGUACAGUGCAGUAAUGCAAGACCUUGCACCAGCUAUUGUGAUCAUCGAAGAAGCAGCAGAAAUACUGGAGUCCCAUGUUAUUACAGCUCUAACUGCGAAAUGUCAGCAUCUAAUUCUUAUUGGUGAUCAUCAGCAGCUGCGGCCAAGUGCAACUGUGUAUGAGCUAGCAACAAAGUAUGGCCUGGAAACUUCUCUUUUUGAACGAAUGAUCAAAAAUGGAUUAGCGUGAGUGUAACUUUUAACUGUAGUUUG